CAGGGUAGACUGAGAGGAAGGCACAGAGAGGGAAGGAUUGACUUGGAAAGGGAGGAGAAAUCGGAACGACGACAACGACGUUGCUCUUGAGUGCUGCACAUUAAAGAAAUCGUAUAUCAAAAGUUGCGUGAAUUAUCCCGACGGCUGAAGAACAAAGCUCAAGAGAUAUUUUCGGUUAUAUUUACACUCGAUAAUGCUCCACUUUGGAGCUAAAAGGUUAUAUUCUGCUAGCUAUCUCAGGCUAGCCAGUUAGCUGGCCAACUUGGCAUUUUUUUUUCACAUUAAGGAGUUCAACCCAAAGACGAUAAACAAUCAAAAUGAGAGCCCAAAUUGAGGUGAUACCUUGUAAAAUCUGUGGAGACAAAUCUUCAGGGAUCCAUUAUGGCGUGAUCACAUGUGAAGGCUGCAAGGGCUUCUUCCGCCGCAGCCAGCAAAACAAUGCCAUGUACUCGUGCUCCCGGCAGAGGAACUGCCUGAUCGACCGCACCAACCGCAACCGCUGCCAGCACUGCCGUCUGCAGAAGUGCCUGGCACUGGGCAUGAGCCGCGAUGCGGUGAAGUUCGGCCGCAUGUCCAAGAAGCAGCGCGACAGCCUGUACGCCGAGGUGCAGAAGCACCAGAAGUCCCAGGCCGAGCGGCUGAGCGGCCUGAGCGGUGGCGGCGCGGUGAUGGCGGGCGGCCAGGGGAUGGCGCGCGAGGACAGCGGGGAGGAGGGCGGCAACAGCCGCUCCUACAGCGGCAGCGGCGGCUCCAGCACCACCACCCUCAGCGACCUGGACGACAUCGCCGCGCUGCCCGACAUGCUGUUCGACCUGCCGCUCACGCCCGAGGAGGCCAGCGAGUACUGCAGCGGCCUGGAGAUGCUGGGCGGCGGCGGCUGCGGAGGGGGCAGCGCGGGCAGCAGCGGCUCCUCCAAUCAGAGCUCGCCCGAGCCCAGCAGCAUGGACUCGGGAGACGGAGGGAGUCCGAUGGUCAAGCACGAGUACCAGAUGCUGCCGGAGAUGGGCGUGCUCACACACUCCCCCCUGGGGGCCCUGCCGGACGACUGCUCCCUGCUGGAUAUAGAGCGAAUCACACAAAACGUGGUCAAGUCCCACCUGGAAACGUGUCAGUACGGCGCAGACGAGCUGAAGAAGCUCACAUGGAGUCAGUACACACUUGAGGAGACACGCCACUUCCAGUGCAAGUCUGCAGAGUGGAUGUGGCCCCGCUGUGCCCUGCACAUCACCCACGCCAUCCAGUACGUGGUGGAGUUCGCCAAGCGCAUCAACGGCUUCAUGGACCUGUGCCAGAACGACCAGAUCAUCCUGCUCAAAGCAGGCUGCCUGGAGGUUCUGCUGAUCCGUGUGUGCCGCGCAUACAACUCCUCUAACAACACUAUGUUUUUCGACGGCAAGUUUGCCAGUCCCCAGCUCUUCAAGGCUCUAGGCUGUGAUGACCUUGUAAACGCUGUGUUUGACUUGGCCAAAGGCCUGAGCCGCCUUCAGCUGUCGGAGGAGGAGAUGGCGUUGUUUAGCGCUGCUGUCCUGCUAUCCCCAGAUCGGCCUUGGCUGACAGACACCCAGCAGGUCAGCAAGCUGCAGGAGAAAGUUUACCUGGCAUUGCAGCACAGUCUACACAUGUCUGGAGCAUCUGCAGAAAAACUGGAUAAGAUGGUUUCAAAGCUUCCUCAGAUGAAGUCGAUCUGCAAUCUCCACAUUGACAAGCUGGAGUUUUUCCGCCUGCUUCACCCUGAGACAGCCUACAGCUUUCCUCCACUCUACCGGGAAGUGUUUGGCAGUGAAAUCUCCUUUCCCGAUUCCACCAACAGCUAAACACAAAGAAAGAAAGAGAGAGAGAAAAAAAAAAGAAAGGGAGAUAGGGUUAGGAAGGAGAAAGAGAGAGAGAGAGAGAGAGAGUAUGACAGAGAGGUUGUGUUUGGAGGAUAGGGGAAAGUAAAAGAAAAAAAGACUUGAUGAAAUUGAUGAAAAUUGAGUGAAACUCAGCUAACCAGCAGCAGUUCUGCGACAAUCCAGCACUUAUUCACUGUCAAGACGCCCCUUCUUACCAUGCCCCUCUCGUCUGUCUGUUCCAGCACCAAUCACUGUUGCAAGGGGCCAACACAUUAUCCAUCAAUGUUGUGUCUAACAGUUCCAUUGAACACACAAGACAUUGGACUCUCGCUCCCUCAGCGCAGGCUGACUUGUGUGGUCCAGCCCUUGCAUGUUCUCGAGAUGGCCAGCUCUCGUGGUGGGACAGCCCCCCAGUUCUCUCCCCCUGCCCUGCUCCCCCCUCCUCGGUUUCUAUCAUGAAUGUAAUCCCCCCGGCCGUAGCACUUUCUCCCCACAGAGAGGCCGAAUGUACAGACUCUAUUUUUGGUCCUGCAUCGUACUUUAUUAACCCUGUCGGCCAGAGUAUUUUUAGCAGUUCAGAUAUCAUUGAAUCAUCUGGGCACAGCACUGGAGUCUAGUAAUAUUACCGGUGUUAGGGGACCAAGAUCAACUCUCAGUAUUCCCUUUUUCACAAAAUGGACAGACAGAGCUGAGAGGCUCACUUCCCACAUUGAGGUGACACAGAUCUGCAAAAUAACAGGAGAAAUCUAUGAAACUCUCAUACAUAUACACAAACACACACACACACAGAUGCAUACAGACUCACUCAGACACCCACACGCACACACACACUUUCAAAUACUGCUCCCAUGUUCAAAGCACUUAUAACUCAUGUCGUGUACUUGUUUGUACAGGCACUUGUUCAUUCAGUGUUUGGUGCUGUUUCUAUGUUUCUUUUUUAAUGCAAUGGAAAACCUCAGUCCCAUAACCCUUUCCCCUCGAAAUGCCACUUAGAGAAAAAGUGAGAAAUGACUAUGUUUGUUUAAUUUAUACAUGCAUUUAUAAUUGAUUAUUUUAAAGAAUGUAUAUAAAUAAAUAUAUAUUAAGAGAUACACACACAGAGAAAGAGAGAAAGAAACAGAGAGAGAGAGAAAGAAAGAGAAAGGAAGAGUCAUUGAGGCGAAAUGGAGCACAGCUGGUCAGUUUUCGAGAGAAAGACUGAGAGAGACAGAGACCCAAUACAGGGUGUGCACCUGUCAAAACCUCCCGUUCCAGGGAAAUAUGAUGUACAAUUGAGGCAUGACAGCACAAACAAACUAAAGACUCGGGACAAGGAGAAAGUUGAGCUCCUCUGAGGAAACUGUCCAAAGAGGCUUCCGAAGACCUCUUGGGAAAGUUGUGAUUUUCGUCGCCAUGUUGAACUUGGCUCUCAGGGUUUUCCUCUCUACAGUGUGGAGACUCCGCCCUCCAGAAGCCUCCAGAGAGACUCUCAAGUGGAGUCACUUCCAGGGCCAAACGGAGAAGGAGUUUUAUGUUUUGAGUAGAACUCCUCUGUUGAACGUUUUUUUACAUGAAGGCGAAGGGGUCAGUGCUGCUUGAGGCUGUGUAUGGACCUAUCAGAACCCCAAAGGGGCGCCCCAGACCUCACAGCCUGACCCUGUUGGACAAUUCCGAGAUGAUUUGAGGGGAGGAGGAACUCUGCUAGGAGAAGAAGCAUUUAUAUUAGUUUGUGUUCUCAGAAAGAAUGUUAUACUAACCUCCGAUCUGCAGGAAUUGGACACCGAUAGACUCCUGUACAGUCUCCACCAUCAGACGUGGACAGGACACCACAAUGUAAAAAAAAAACACUGCAGGAUUUUCAAUGUAAUAUUUUGUAAAUUGAGGCUCCUCUCUCCUUUAGCUUGUUUGACCACUUCCUGUCCUUCCGUCCUGUUGUUCUUUUGUAUGUACUUCGGCACAACUCAGAGUUGACAGAGAUCUCAGCUACCCCCCUGAUUUUGCAUUUGCAAUUCCAUCAGCAACACUCUACGGAACAUAUAACAGCACUGUUUUAACAUAGGGGAUAGCUGUGGGGCAUAACAGCUUUUGAUACUGAUGUAUUGGUGCAGUACAUUACGUUUCCCGUGUUAUGCCCAACAGGAGAUAGAGAACAGUUUAUCAGAUUAUCGUUGGAAUGAUCCUGAUUUAACAAAACAUCUCUAAAGUAUCUCUAAGUAACUCUAAAUGAAAUGUUUAAGUACCUGAAUCUGAUUGUAUAUACUGACAGUGCAAUUGCCAUUGCUUUGUAUUAUCCAUCUAACUAUCUGCCACAGGCCUUGGAAGUUUGCUCUCUGACAGUCUGAGUAAGAACACAGCACCGCCUGUCCGACGCCUCAGUUCUCCAUAGAGCACCUUGUUUUUUUUGUUUGUUUCUUUGUUUGUUUGUUUUUGUUUUGUUUUUUAAUCAGAAUAUUCUGGAUGCAUCAAGUAAAGCAUCAACCAAACGUAGACACUCAGGGAGAUAGCUGGUCUCUGUCUCACCAGGCUUCACGUAGUCUACUCCACACUUUGCACCGAGUAGGAGACCCUUUAUCCUUGAUCACUGUGUCCAGUAGCUAGAUAUAUAUAUAUAUAUUUUUGUGAAUGUCAAUCACAAAGUGUCAAAGACCUUUCCUCUUUUUUCUGCAUAUAUUACAGGAUCUUUGAGCCUGAAUUAUAUAAGACAUAGGAUACUUUAAAACAAAUAAAAAAUAAAUGAAUAAAAA